AUGGGCCGCGGCCACACCGAAAUAAAGGGCCUUUUGGCCUUAAUGCCAGCAGCAGCACAAGAGCAAUAUAAGCAAGUGGCCGAGAGAUAUGCAGACAUAGUGGAGGCCAAGGCCAAGGCCCCUUCUGCUGCUGCUGCUGCUUCUCUGGAGGAGCACAUGGGCCAUUUGCUGCUGCAGCAGCAGGGCCCCUCCGGCCGCCAAGUCGGCGAGCAGCUGCUGCAGACUGCUGCUGCACUAACUGUCUCCUUAGCAGCACAAGAAGCUCAUCUCCGAGAUGUUGUUGCUGCUCUCGAGGCGAAGCAGCUGCUGUGCGACAGUUUGCUGCAGCGGCUGCAGGCGGCGCUGGAGGUGGCGCUGGCGCGCCGCGCUGCUGCGCUGCAGCAGCAGCAGCAGCAGCAGCAGCAGCAGCUCGCAGCAGCAGCAGCGGGCCUCCGCGCUGCAGUCCAGGCCGGCGCGCAGCAACUCAAGCAGCAAGUCGAAGCAGAAAUCGCCAGAGUCACCAGCAUGCAAGUCCCCGUGGAGAUGGCGCAGCAGCAGCUGCAGCAGCUGCAGCAGCAAGCUGCCAGCUGGGCUGCUGCAGUGGGCCAGUCCACCUUCGCCCUCGACGCGCUGCUCGAAGCAGCAGCAAAACUUGCUGCUGCUGCUGCUGCUCUCCCCGAAAACCACAGGUUUGAUGCAGCGCCGCUGCAGCAAGCAGUGCAGCAAGCCCAAGACACGAAGAAAGCUGUGCGGCAGCAAAAGGCCCAAGUGCAGCAGCUGCUGCGCAUUUUGGGCUCCCACUUGGCCUUCGAGCAGCAGCGGCAGCAGCAGCUCUUCCAGCAGCAGCAGCAGCACUUCCCGCCCUUCGGCCCUGCAGCAGCAGCAGCAGCAGCAGCAGCGCCGCCAGCUCCAGGCGACCUCUACUCCGCCUACGCCCUCCCCACGCAGCACCCGCAGCAGCAGCAGCAGCAGCAGCAGCAGCAAACGGCCCUCCAGCCGCAGCUGCUGCCGGCCGCGGGGCCUCACAUCGCCUUCCCCGGCCUUCCGGGGGCCCCCCAGGGGGCCCCCCUCGGGGCCCCCCUGGGGGCCCCCCAGGGGGGCCCCCAGCUCCCCCUAGGGGCCCCCCACAUACCCACAGCCCCCCAGAUGCCCCCCCCACAGGGCCCCCAUCCCACUGCGGGGGCCCCCUGA